CAAAUAUCUAUCUGAUGAGAUCAUAUGUAUCUUUGACAUCAUUAAUUAAUUAAUCUUUUCUCUUUCAAGCUCUUGUUUUAACAGAACUCUAUUUUCUUUCUUCACCUUGGCACGGUUUUAGUGUGUCAUACGGAUGAAACAAGAGCUGUAGCAAACUUAAAACUAUCUGUUCUUAAUGGCGAAUAUCAGGGUACUUUCAUUUUUUAUACUGAUGUUACUUACCUUUCAAAGCCUUUUAACAGCACAUGAAGAUCCAACUUACAAGGAAGUACAAGUGGGAGUGAUUCUUGACAUGGAAUCAUGGGCAGGGAAGGUCAUUUAUCGUUGCAUCAGCAUGGCUAUUUCUGACUUUUAUACAGCCAAUCCUCACUACACAACAAGGAUAGCUUUUACAACCAGGGAUACCAAAGGAGAACCUCUGAGUGCCUUGUUUUCUGCUCUGGAUCUUCUGGAGAACACUGAAGUGCAAGCAAUAAUAGGUCCAGAAUCAACAGCCGAAUCAAGAUUCUUGAAGGUUUUGGAAGAUAAAGCUAACAUACCAAUUCUUUCAUUUUCAACAAGCCCAUUUUCGAAUCACAAUCCUAAUCUUCUUGGAAUCGCACAAGAUGAAACCACUCAGUUCAAAGGCAUUGCUGGUAUGGUAGACUUGUUUAAAACCAAGAGUGUGAUCGUUAUCUGUGAAGACACUGCAAAUGGAAGAGAAAUGGCUAAUUAUAUGGUUAGUGCGUUUCAAGAGAAACACAUACACGUUACAUAUAUUACCCUAAUUUCAAAAUUUCCCAGCAAUGAACAAGUCAAGGUAGAGCUUCGCAAGCUUCAAACUAUGCAAUCCAUGGUGUUUGUCAUGCAUACACCACCUUCUCUAGCGACCGAUGUUUUCUCCAUGGCAAAGGAGCUAGGCAUGAUGGAUGAAGGAUACGUGUGGAUCCUAACAAGUAAGACUACAAACUUGUUGGAUUCCAUGGAUGCUGAAGCAAUCAAAACAAUGCAGGGGGCUGUGGGUUUCAAAUCGUAUGUUCCAGCAUCAGGGGAGCUUCAAAGCUUUGUUUCAAAAUGGAGAAAGGAACAUUAUGCUUUGGACCCUUUUAUGGAGUUUAAGGAGGUAGAUUUUAAUGGGAUAUGGGCAUAUGAUGCAGUUUACGCACUUGCCAUGGCUGUUGAGAGGAAACAAACUAGAGAAUUAGCUUCGAAAGAGUUGGGUACUAAUAUUCGCACAUCACUACUUUUAGACGAGAUGUUAAGAGUCAAGUUCCAUGGUUUAGGUGGUGAAUUCAAGCUUAUGAAUGGGAGAACAAUCACCAAAGCCAUGGAAGUGGUGAAUGUGAUCGGUCAGGGUGAUAGGAGGGUUGGGUUCUGGAUGAUGGCUACUGAUGAAUUUGUGAAAGGAAUUGGAAUCCCGGAUUCCAUUUCCAACCGUGGAUUGCAAAGUAUCAUCUGGCCGGGUGGGACUACAAGCAUUAAUCCAAAGCGUAGGAUUCUACAAACAAAUGGCAAUAAGAAGCUCAGAAUUCUGUUUCCAAAUUUUGGUAGAUUCCCAAAUUUAGUACAAGUGACUGUAGAUCCCAAAACAAAUCUAUCGGGUGUGAGUGGCUUCUGUGGGGAUGUUUUCAGUGCUGCGUUUAACGGCUUAGACUAUGGAGUAGGGAUUGAGGUUGUUCCAUUUAAAUAUGAGGUUGGAAUUACUUACAACGAUCUAAUUCAAAAAAUCUAUCGUAAGGAAUAUGAUGCUGCUAUCGGGGAUUUUACAAUUACAACAAAUAGAUCUCUCUAUGUUGACUUCACAAUUCCCUUCACCGAUCUUGGAGUUGGCAUAGUAGCCCGAAACGCCAAGAACAGCAUGUGGAUCUUCUUAGAUCCUUUUAGUGCGGGUCUUUGGAUCACAAGUGCUUGUUUCUUUCUCUUUUUGGGGUUUGUCAUUUGGUUUAUCGAACAUCCUACAAACAAAGAAUUUCAAGGUUCAACAAUACAACAAAUAGGAACCACCCUCUGGUUUGCCUUUUCAACCCUUGUUUAUGCUCACCGGGAGAAGCUGCAAAGUAAUCUAUCAAGAUUCGUGGUUAUUGUUUGGGUUUUUGCAGUGCUUGUUCUCACAUCAAGUUACACUGCAACAUUGAGCUCAGUUUUAACAGUACAACAGAUUGGAAUGAAUGAUAUCUCUACGGGAUUCCAGAAUCUUUCUCCAGUAGGAGGGUAUGUAUUUAACAAAUUGAAACCUGUUGAUGUCAAUUUGGAGAAACUAUAUACACCUGAGGAUUACUCUAAAGCGUUAAGAAAUGGAAGAGUUGAUGCAAUCGUCUCUGAGAUUCUUUACAUCAUAUCAUUCCUUGCAAUGUAUCCGGCUACCGACGUCUCCUUGAUUGCAACAGCAUCCACCACCAAUGGUUUUGGCUUUGCGUUCCAAAAGGGUUCGCCCUUGGCGAGAGAGGUGUCGACUGAGAUAGCAAAGAUGCGGGAAGACGGGACAUUGAAAGCAUUAGAGGAUAAAUGGUUGAAACGUGAAUCUGCAAUGAUGUCAAAGGAUUUUUCUUCCCCUUCACCAAAAAUCUUGAAUCUUUACCGGCUUCGAGGUCUCUUUGUUAUCAGUGGUGUGUCGAUGGCAUUAGUCCUUUUUGUGUCCAUGAUUCAUCUUGUUCGCAAAAAAUGGCAUGCCAAAAAUAUAACGAAGACACUAAGGUCUGUCUUACGAAAUACAUGCACAAGAUAGUGAUGUGGAAUUAACAUAUCUGUAAAGUUAAAUUCUAACCAUUAUACUCCACAUGUUAUUUCUAUAUAAAAAUCAUAAUAUGUGGUCACAUGUGUUGUAACAUCCCAAGAAUCAUGAUAAAAAUUUUCAUUUUUGUAAAACAUUUCCAUAAACCAAAAUAUAAUCAACC